GGAGAGGCAAGCAGACGACGACUGGAGGGCAUCGCUGCGGUGCGUACUGGCAAGACGAGUAGUGGAUCAGUGAGAUGCGUCUGUUGGCGGUGUGGGCAGCGCUGGCGGCAACGGCAGUGCCGAGUGGUCUGGCCGAUGUGGACCUGUUCUGCGGGUGCCGAGUGCAGCACCACCAGGACUGGACGUAUGCCCUCCACUGCACCAGAAGCAAGAAUGAGGCCUCUGGUAUUUCUUGCGGAAAAGCCGAGGUGCCGGAGAUCCCGCCGGGCUACAACUACGUGCCGGGCUACGGGCUCGUCAGGCUGUACCGCACCUUCAAACCGUGGGCGGCCGCCAAGAAGUUCUGCGAAGACGAGGGGGCGCAGCUGGCGGUGCCACCGGACCGCUACGCCUAUGACGGCCUGAAGCAGAUCUUCCCCAAAGAGAAGGGCAUAUGGUACGCCUACGUUGGAAUCUCAGAUCGAGUCAGCGAGGGCGUAUUCGUAGGAACGGAUGGUCGUCCAGUGCCGUACCUGCCAUGGCAGCCUAAUGAGCCCAACAACGGUAAUGGUAUAGAAGAAGACUGCGUCGACGUCCGCAACGACGGACUGUUGAACGACGUUAAUUGCGAGAAUCCAGCGCCUUUCUUGUGUGAGCGCCAGCUUUCGGUGAGCCUACCCGAUGGCUACACAUGGUCGGCGGACGCAGGGCGCUUCUACAAGGUGCACACGGAGAAAAGAGUAUAUGCGGACGCAGCAGCGGUGUGUCACUCAGAGAACGCGACGCUCGCUGUCACUGACACGUGGCGCCGCGGUGAGGCGUUGCUGAGACUCGUCGAGCCGAAGUAUGAUGGCUACUUCGUAGGCUUCACUGAUGAAGCUGUCGAAGGCGACUUCGUCACCGAAACAGGCAGGCACCUAAAAGACAUGGAGUUCCAGGUUUGGGGCGUUAACGAGCCGAACAACGUCGACGGUGGGAAACCCGAGAACUGCCUAACUCUGACGGGCAGAGGCUACUACAAUGACGUACUGUGCGACAAGAAGUUCCUCUUCAUCUGUGAGAUUGCGCCCGUAUAAUAAGUUGGUGUUUCCAGAAAACAGCUCAUAUCACCAAUGAAAAGAAGGGACCGUCCUGAUCUCGGUAAAGCUGCGAAGCCGAGUGAAGGACGGAACAGUUGUACAGCUGAAAUGAGAAUAAUUAUAUCUCAGUAAUCUGUAGCACGUUCUUAGCUCUGUGUAUCGCGUGCAGUGUACAUAUUACGACUGUGUGAAAUAUAAUCCGCUGUAUCAGCUACCUCAUUUUUAUUAAUAUUCUUUGCCCCUCUUUAAUUCCAUAAAAUAUAAGUCGAAAUAUUAAAGUACGAAUUGUAUGUAUGAUAUAGUCUGUGGAUUUCUCAGGAAGAAAUAAUAGUUUUCGCUCUCGAACACACAUAGAAAACUCCGUAAUUCUAUAAAGAUAUUAAUUGCCAACAAAAAAGGCUAUUAAAUUAAAUUUGUUUCAGCUUGACUUUUAUUAUCAAAAGUUUUUUAUAAAAAUCGUAGAUCUUAUUGACACUAUGUUAAGCAAAUUUUUUUCAACAUUGUUGCUGUUACCUACAUGUUAUUUUACUUCUAGAUGUUGUAUUGACAUUUGUAUGUCCGAAGUAAACAUAUUGAUACGA